AUGAGUGCACCACUGGUCUUGCUACCUAGUGACGAGGUCCCUCGCGAAUACCUCCCCUCCAACAAGUCCAACCCACUACGACUGGGCCCUGGCCUCCGGCUCCUAUCACAGCCCACAUCGCAAGCAGGCGAUUCCAACCAUGUCUUAACGGCAACACAGGCAGGUCUCUUGACCACGGAUGCGAAGAGAAACACAGUCUCGCUUCUGUCUUUCCCAAACCGCCGAUACGUCCCAACCGUAAACGACCUCAUUAUCGCCCAAAUCCACCAUUCCAGCAUCGAUUUCUUCCACUGCAUAGUGACCCCCAACACAGCACAUGCCCUUUUGGGCCAACUGUCCUUUGAAGGCGCAACCAAAAAAACGAGACCACAGUUGAAGCAAGGCGAGCUAGUAUAUGCUCGAGUACAGUCCGUGGGAGUCGGCGCCGGCGCCGAAGUGGAGCUCACCUGUGUCAACCCAGCAACUGGAAAGGCCGAUGGAGGACUGGGUCCCUUGGUCGGUGGAAUGGUGUUUGACGUUUCCACCGGCAUGGCGGCUCGUCUGAUACGCGCAAGCUCUGCUUCCCCCGAUAACACAGAUGCUGUCGAAGGAUUGGUUAUUCUGGGUGAACUCGGCCGAAAGCUCGAGAGCUUGGGCGGGUUCGAGCUUGCAGUUGGUCGGAAUGGAAAGGUGUGGGUGGAUUGCUCUAAUGCCGGAGAGAGCGCCAUCGCUGUCACUGUUGCGAUUGGGCGCUGUCUGCAGGAAACUGAUCAACACAAUCUCCACCCUCACGACCAAAAGAAACUCGUGACGAGAAUUCUCCGCGAUCUGAAGCUCGCAUCGUGA